GUUCAACAUUGUGCCGCUGUACUUUGCACAAACAACAACUGUGGGAGCAGGUCUGCAAGCCCUGGGAGAGCGUGAUUAAGGAAGCCUGGCAAACGGAAGCGCGUGCCGCAAAAGUUUACGGAAAUACAAUAACAGAAGUAAAAAAACAAAAAAAAAAAAACAACAACAACAGCACCACUUGACCCGCAGCUUGAAAAAAAGUUCAAUUAUUAUUCAAUUCAAAGAACAAAUAAGAAAAGAAGUGCAGUUAAGUGAAGUCCAUAUAUACCGAUAUGUGGCCCAACUUUUUCGGCGUUAUUUCGCUGCUUUGCCUUGCAUUAUUCUGUGCCUGGGCACAAGCUGGACCAGUGCCAAUUGUGAAUGAGCAUCAACAACUCAUGCCCAAGGUGCCCCAAUGGCAUUGUUUGCGUUACUUUAAGCACGAUGUUCUGAUGAUGCGUCGCUGUCGACAUUUGCGUGUUCCCACGGCGCCACGCCUUGGAGAUACGCUCAUACGCAAGAAGAAGAAAUAGAGAGUGUGAUGAUCAGGUGACGAUCACAGCAACAACAACAAGAAUUGCACCCGACUGAACAACAAGACGAAUUCCAAUUACAAAUAGAAUUUCAACAGGAUUUAUAACAAGACCAAAAA